GUAUGAAAAGCAAUCAGCGAAGUGAAAGUCUUAACUCAUGUCUUCACCUACACCUAGACUACGGUAUGACACUAGUGGAUUUGAUUUUGCACUACGAGAAUGCUAUAGUGCGCAUUCGAGAGACGGAGGCAAAAGAUGACUGCAUCAGUUCACAGACAUCACCUGUACCAGUAACCAAUUUGAGGAGAAUUGAGAGAGCUGCUGCAAAGGUAUUCACUCCGGCAAACUUUUAUAUAUUGCAGCAAGAGAUAUAUAAAAUAGAAGGCAUUGAGGUUAUAGAUCAGUACAAGGGAACAGAAGGUGAGAUGCAGUUUGUUGUUGCUUGGAAAAAGAGAAAGCAUGCAAAGUUUUAUGUUGAUUAUAAACCGGCCAACUCGGAUAAAUUUGUAGAGUGCAGCUGUCGAAGGAUGAUCCGGAGGGGACUUCCUUGCAAGCAUAUUCUCCAUGUACUUGAUGUGCUGGAUUUGGAUGAAAUACCGGGUUGUUUAGUUCUGCUCCGAUUCUCUAAACAAGCUAGGGGUGGCUUGCCAGCGAGGCGCACGAGCGAUCUGUAUGGUUGGGGUUUUCCCGUAGCGGAGGAGCGACAAAGAUUUACGGAGCUGAACGUGUUACAAGCUGAAGCAUUGCAAGUUGCAUACAAAGAUCCAGUGUUAUUCGAGCGGACCAAGGCAUUUUAUGCUGACAUUAUUUCAAAGAAGAUGGAGUAUGAUAAUGUACCCAACCGUGCCACAAACUCGCUUAAUACUAAUGUUAAUGAAUUGGGUGAUCCUGCUCAAGUUGCUGCUCGAGGUGCGCCUAAGAAACGAAAGCGUAGAGAUGAUGGAGAAGGACCCGUGACAAAGAAUGGAAGGCCAUUAUCGUAUGACGAGCAGGGUAGGGGGAUUCGAUGUAGCAGAUGCAAAAAGGGUGGACACACCAAACGUAGCUUGAAAUGUGAGCUGAAUCCUAGGCAUGUUGCGCAUAUGUUUGUAGGUCAGGAAGAUGAAUGACUUAUUUUGAAAGGGUGCGUUUUAAAGGAUGAACUUCGCACGAUAUUAUGAAGCUUGAGUUGGCAUGCCGAUAUGUAGUCAUCAAUCAUUAUGCUAUAUGAACCUCAGAGAUAGAACAUGUAGUACAUUAUGAAGCUUGAGUUGGAAUGGUGACAUGGUUUUUUUUAGUUUUCUUUACUAAAGUGUACUUGGUUCAGUUACACAAAUCUCAGAGAUAGAACAUGUAGUACAUUUAUUACAUCAACAUAGUGGCAUGCUUCACUCCCAACUUGCAGAAAUCUCUUGUAUGGCCUUCAUCUUCUUCUGGUUUCUGUCUCUAAUAUUGAAGAGAUCUGCAACGUAA